UUCAUUCCAACAUCAUGAAAGUUAAUCCUAGCAGCAUUACCAACAUGACUACCCCUCUCUCUCCCGGUGAUCACACCGGAAACUUUGUUUCCCGGGGUGUAUUCUUCUUGCCGGAGAUCCAAAUCUUUGAGCUUUUCAUCGCCCUCAUCGUUUUUGUGGCCAUACAUUCUCUCAGACAACAAAAACGUCAAGGCCUACCGGUAUGGCCCUUUGUCGGAAUGUUACCUUCCUUGAUUGGCGGCCUUCGAUCAAACAUGUAUGAAUGGAUUUCUGACGUUCUUCAACGUCAAAAUGGGACUUUUAAGUUCAAAGGGUUAUGGUUUACUAAUCUCAACUGUGUUGUGACCUCAGAUCCUCGCAACUUGGAGUAUCUUCUCAAGACCAAGUUUCCAAAUUACCCUAAAGGAGAGUAUUUCCGAGACACAGUUGGAGAUCUCCUUGGUAGCGGCAUAUUUAGUGCAGACGAUGAGACAUGGCAGCGGCAGAGGAAAACGGCGAGCAUAGAGUUCCAUUCAGCCAAGUUCCGCCAUUUAACUACCGAGUCAUUGCUCGAGCUUGUGCACUUUCGACUCUUGCCAGUCUUGGAGGAUUCAGUCCAGCAAUCGAUCCCCAUCGACCUACAAGAUAUCCUCCUAAGACUAACGUUUGAUAACGUUUGCAUGAUAGCUUUUGGGGUCGACCCUGGUUGUUUAAGUCCUGGCUUACCGGAGAUACCAUUUGCUCGGGCCUUUGAGGAUGCCACUGAAGCAACCCUUAUUCGCUUCGUGACACCGACACUAGUAUGGAAGGUCAUGAGGUACCUUGACUUGGGGACUGAAAAAAUGCUAAAGACAUCGAUAAAGGGAGUGGACAAGUUCGCAAAUGAAGUGAUCCGAACAAGGAAGAAAGAACUGAUGUCCAUGCAAGAAAGAAGUGAACAGGACAAGAAACAAAGAUCAGAUCUACUAACUGUGUUUAUGGGAUUGAAAGAUGAACAAGGAAAACCAUUUUCAGACAAGUUCUUGCGCGAUAUUUGCGUGAACUUCAUACUUGCCGGAAGAGACACUUCAUCAGUGGCAUUGAGCUGGUUUUUCUGGCUGCUUGAUAGGAAUCCGGCAGUCGAGGAGAGAAUCCUCGAGGAGAUCUAUCGAAUAUUGUGUGAAAGGGAAGAAGGUGCAAACAAAAGAGAGAGUGAAAGUAAUUCGAUAUUUAGGCCAGAAGAGGUGAAGAGGAUGGAGUAUUUGCAGGCUGCUCUAUCAGAGGCUCUGAGAUUGUACCCUUCAGUGCCAGUGGAUCACAAAGAGGUUGUUGAAGAUGAUGUUUUUCCGGAUGGAACUGUGUUGAAGAAAGGAACAAAAGUGGUGUAUGCAAUCUACGCAAUGGGAAGAAUGGAGGCCAUAUGGGGAAAGGACUGCAGAGUUUUUAAGCCGGAGAGAUGGCUGAGAGAUGGGCGGUUCGUGAGCGAGUCGGCCUACAAGUUCACCGCCUUCAACGGUGGUCCUCGCCUCUGCUUAGGAAAAGACUUCGCAUACUACCAAAUGAAAUUUGCUGCUGCCUCCAUCCUAUACCGUUAUCGCGUGAAGGUGGUGGAAGAUCAUCCUGUGGUGCCCAAGCUCGCAUUGACCAUGUACAUGAAGUACGGAUUGAAGGUGAAACUAUACAAGAGGGAUAAAUUGGAGCUUCACAAGUAUUUCAACAUCAAAUAUUAAAAUCGUAAUUAGGAAGUGGCGUGUUAUUGAUCAUGGUUUCUUAUUAUUAUUUCCUCUCUCUUUUUGUUUAAUAUAUUGGUAAGUAUUGUAUUGUCCUGCAUAAGAAGAAAAAAAAUGUGAGUGAUGAGAGGGGAGAAAGGAAAGGAGACGCCUGAAGGUAUGUUUAGGAGACUACAUGUUCGAAUAAUGGGAUU